GUGUGUGUGUGUGUGUGUGUGUGUAUGAGAGAGAGAGUCUGGUUCUGUGUAUGCGUGUGUGUGUGUAUGAGAGAGAGAGAGAGUCUGGUUCUGUGUGUGUGUGUGAGAGAGAGUCUGGUUCUGUGUAUGCGUGUGUGUGUAUGAGAGAGAGAGAGUCUGGUUCUGUGUAUGUGUGUGAGAGAGAGAGUCUGGUUCUGUGUGUGUGUGAGAGAGAGAGAGAGUCUGGUUCUGUGUGUGUGUGAGAGAGAGAGAGAGUCUGGUUCUGUGUGUGUGUGUGUGAGAGAGAGAGUCUGGUUCUGUGUGUGUAUGAGAGAGAGAGUCUGGUUCUGUGUAUGCGUGUGUGUGUGUAUGAGAGAGAGAGAGAGUCUGGUUCUGUGUGUGUGUGUGAGAGAGAGUCUGGUUCUGUGUAUGCGUGUGUGUGUAUGAGAGAGAGAGAGUCUGGUUCUGUGUGUGUGUGAGAGAGAGAGUCUGGUUCUGUGUGUGUGUGUGUGAGAGAGAGAGUCUGGUUCUGUGUGUGUGUGAGAGAGAGAGAGAGAGAGAGAGAUAGUCUGGUUCUGUGUGUGUGUGUGUGUGUGUGUGUGUGUAUACGUCUGGGUGUAUACAUGUGUGUGGUGUGUGUGGUGUGUCUGGAGUGGGUGGGGGGGGAAUACAUUUCCCACAAUGCAGCCUAAACACAGUCAUCGGUGGGCGAUAAUGUCAUGAGCGCGUACAGGUGACUGGAGCACAAGUUACAGUGUAACAGCAUCAGGGUGCGCUGCAAGAAAACAAAUAGCGACGGCGGCGCUACAGACAUGUCGCGUCGGUAAGCCGGUCCCAGCUGUCAAGGAGCCACAAAAAGACGCUUGUCCGCUGUCCCUACGGGAGAUUCCGCAGCCGGGGAGAAGCGUCGUUGCGAGCGGCGGCACCGCGGAGCCGAGCGGGACCAAGCCGAACCGGAGCUUCCUUCGUACUUUCUGACCUUCAGCGGUGACCACACCUUUUGGGCUGGACUGCUCCUCCCUGGCGGCCCGCCCCCCGCGCCCCCCCGCAAUGGCGUCACGGAUAGGCCUGCGCCUGCAGCUCAUGCGUGACCAGCUGCAGCAGGAGGAGCGCCGGGAGCGGCAGCAGCAGCAGCAGCAGCAGCAGGCUCUACAGUGCAUGCAAAGCCGGCCACCCCUGCCGACCACGCCCGCCAUCAAUGCGCCCGCCCACUACCAGCCGCCUAUGCAGGUGCCCAUGGAGGUGCUCAUGGUCCAGACGCAUCUGGAGAACCCCACAGACUACCACAUUCGCCAGUCCCAGCGGCAGCAAGUCAAAGAAUACCUGUCCACCACCUUAGCCACCAAGCAGGUGGUGCAGGCUGUGGCGGGGGUGCAGCCCUCGCCUCCGGCCCCGCCCCCUGGCCGGCAGGCCGUCCCACCUCCCUUGCCUUCUCCCCGCCUGCGCACUGAACAGCUCAUCAGCUCGGCGGGCAACAGCAUGCCCAACAGCCCCAUGGCCAUGCUGAACAUCAGCUCCAGCCACGAGAACGAGAUGGAUGACGUGAUCGAUGACAUCAUUAGCCUGCAGUCGAGUUAUGAUGACAUGCAAGCAUUCGCUGACCCCGUGGUCCAGAUGCCUAACACCCUGCCUCUGUCCAGCAGCCACCUGGACGUGUACACGGGCCCAGGCAUGACUGGGCCGGCCAUCACCAUGACCAGUAACUCCUGCCCCGCCAACCUGGCUAUCAAGAGAGAAAUGUCGGAUGACGAAGCUCGUGCUCUGGUCAAGGAGAGACAGAAGAAGGACAACCACAACCUGAUCGAAAGAAGACGAAGGUUCAACAUCAAUGACCGCAUCAAAGAGCUGGGAACCAUGAUCCCCAAGACAAAUGACUUGGAUGUGCGCUGGAACAAGGGCACCAUCCUGAGAGCGUCGGUGGAGUACAUCAAGCGCAUGCAGAAGGACAUCCAGAGAAGCCGUGAGGUGGAGAACAACUUCAAGCGCAUGGAGGUAGCCAACAAGCAGCUGUGGCUGCGCAUUCAGGAGCUGGAGAUGCAGGCCCGGCUCCAUGGGCUUCCCAGCAACUCACCUUCAGGCAUGGGUGGGGCCGAGCUCCUGGGCUCCUACGUGAAGCAGGAGGGCAGCCCAGAGGAGGUACUCCACCAGCACCCACUGCCCCCUGCAGCCCGCCAGCUGCCCCAAAUGCCUGGCCACGGCCCGGCCCAGCCACCCUCGCUGCAAUACCCGCCCAUGGCUGGUCCCCAGCACUUCGACUUCGCCCCUUCGCUGGACGCAUGCGACGGCAGCCUCAACUACCCUCCGCCAUGCGGCGCCGGCAAGAAGGGCGAGCUGGGCUUCCUGCUGAUGGACGAGCUGUCACCCCUGGGCGUGGGGGACCCGCUGCUGUCCACCCUGUCCCCCGAGACGUCGGUGGACAGCAGUCGGCGGAGCAGCUUCAGCAUGGAGGACUCGGACAUCCUGUGAUACGCACACACACACUCUAACACACGCACACAAGAACACUAUAUGCACUCACACGGAAUCUGGUCCCGCACACACACAUACCCACAUGUCAUGGACACACUGUGACCUCUCUCAUAUGUGCCUUGGCAUGCAGUACAAAGCACACAAUAAACACAUCCAGAAAGAUUUAAAUAGUCAUCCGUCGCCUUACGUCCUAUCAAGUACUUAUCUCCCAUAAGAGCCUUAAUAAAAUCAGACGUCUGCCAUAGUAGAUAUAUUUUACCAUGUGUGCGACAAGAACCAAAACAAAUCAAUUGCACUGCCACUAUAAAGGCUUAGUUAAAUGGUGUCAUAUCGUGUAAUAUGUUAUACAGUAAGUCAUUGGAUACCUGUAUAACGUAAGACCCAAUACCCCAUCCCCAGUCCCAAGAAUACUGACAUGUGCCACACACCCAUGCCCAAUACACACAUGCACACAGACAACAAAUACUGUCCCUGUCUGUCUGUCUCUCUUACUCUCUCACUCUCUCUCCGUCUUCUCGACAUGCAGCCAAACACACACAAACGCACCAACCCGCAGGCUUUCGUACUCACGCUCACCCUCGCCGUCACCCCAAGUCCACUAGCCCCUGUCGAUGCCUUCCGGCUCUCACAGAGUGCGCCUCCCUCAGGUCGUCGCAGGAACUACAACCUGCCCAAAAUUCCCCAAUGCCUGUAGCGCGGAUUUCAAACAAAUGCGCCUCGCGGAGGUCAAGGUCCAGGAUGUAGAGGUCAAACGAGAACAACAGAGAAGAUGGCAUGGCAGCUUUUCUUCUUGGUUAUGUAUGUAGGGUUAGGGAGGCCAUCGUGUAGUGGCCUGAGACGUCAUACCACUUACCGCCGUGGACUGUGGCAGGCCAAGAACCUCUUUAUGUCAUUCAUUUGGUCAGCACUCCACGUUUCACUGAAAGUCUGUCAGAAAACACUCAGGUCAGAACCCCCAGGAGUGGAGCGCCCUCCAAAAAAAUACACAAAUAGACAACAAAUUGCCGGGCAGGUUGUAAGCCACUGCUCAAAUGAACUACGAUGAGUGUGGAAGAGAGAGGAUGGUGUGUCCGUUAGCAUGGGCUGUUAGCAUUGGCCAUUAGCGUUGGUCGUUAUGCCUUUAGCAUAGGCCGUUAGCAUGGACCGUUAACAUAGGCAGUUAGCACGGGCCUUUAGCAUAGGCCGUUAGCAUGGACCGUUAACAUAGGCAGUUAGCACGGGCCGUUAGCAUGGGCCAUUACUGUGGGCCAUUAGCAUGGGCCGUUAGCAUGUCCCAGAGAUAAGGGUCAUGCACGUGGACGGUUUAGCGAGCACAGUGGGCUGACUGGCAGUUUGUGCCGAUCACUGACUACAACACCGGAUAGCCGUUCAUUUGUGUAGCAUUCUGAAAAUCUUGCUGUGUACCCGUGGGUCUGGUUGGAUUGUUUGGUCUAGUGGGCACACUGUAAACACAUCAUCAAGGAAUUGUAAAAAAAAAAAUAAUUAAAUAGUAAUGAAAUGUGUUUGUUCUGCUUUGAAAUAUAUUGUCAUUUUAUUUUUCUCCCAAAGCACUGGAAACCUAUAUUAUAUUAUUGACUUUAUACAAGAAGGAUUUUAUGAAGUGAAAAUGUGUUUAUUGAAAUGUUUUUCACCGUCAAACCACUUACGUGUACUUUGUAUUUGUGCUUUUUAUUUUAUUCUAAAGUGAACUUUUUUUUUAUCUGACUAUAGAACCAUUUAAAUAUGAAGAUAUUUAAUGCGUUAGACUAUAGUAUAUGGAAUGUGGAGAGCCAUAUUACAUGUAAAAUAUAAAUUUCUGUUUCCAAAGGAAUGUUUAAUCUUAUUUGGCAAAAUUCAAAAAUUGUAAGAUGUCAUUUUUAUAUUGAUUUUUUUUCUAAGUCACGUAGUUAUUUAAUGAAGAGAAAGGGGGUUUUCGUGGUGAUUUUAUUGAUUUAUGUUACCUGCCUUUUGUGAAUGUGAAUUUUAUUGACUGUACAGUGAGGUCAUUCUUUUUCAUGGUGCCAGUAUCUGCUCAGUGCCUUCUUAUUAAAAAAAUGAACGCUUUUCUUUCAUAAGCCACCAGCUGUAUAGAUGAAAAUUUCUUAAUGUACCACUCUGUUUUUUAUGCAUGGGAUAUUUCAUCGAUUUGUGUUUUUUCCCUUUCUUUUCAAACAUGAACUGGAAAGUGUACAGCCCCACACUCUCAAAAUCCCCAUGUUCCAGAUGCAAAUCUUUGACUUGGUUUUUAAAAAGGAGCGCAGCUACGUCAUUAGCCGGAUGCGUCUGUUGGUUUUGCGCUGCUUGCGCGACGGACGCCCCAGGAAUGAGAAGGUUUGUGUAGUAGAUGCUUUUUUUUUGUCCUUGCUAAUGUCGCUCCUGUCCAUUUUCAGGCGCUGUUAUUUUCCCGGGAAGUUGAGAACCUGUGAUUGAGGUUUGUUUGGAUAUAAAAAUUCUCCGAAAAAUUGCA